AACGAUUCAAGCCCUUCUUAGACUUGACACAUUAAUAAUUGUUUCACUUUACUUAAAUAUUUUUAUUUAAGAAAUAAACCUAAGUAUAGUUCAUUAGUGUAACACAAAUUACAUUAAUCAAUUCACUUAUUAAAUGUAUUUAAGACAGAGCAACUCAAAAUGAAUUGUUUUCAUUUGGGACCGCCCCUUUGCACAUCACCUUUGCGCAUGCACAAAAUCCGUUCUGUCAUUUGCCGCCUUUUGUCUAACACUGACUGGAAACUGACUGGGGAAACUGACGGUGGAAAGUCUAUUAUUUGGUAAGUAUUUGUUUUUUCUAGUAGUUUAGAAUGUUCCCUGUUUCCAAGUAGGCCUAAUGCCUUUUCAUUAUAUCGACAAGAAUAUUUGAAACCACCGUGUUAUAUUUUGCUCCGUUUUUAGUUGGGUCUAAACAGCAAGCUAGCUAGCUUGCUAGAUAUGGUUAGCAUUGAAUACUGGAUAGUAGAGAUCAUUAGAUUAUAUUAAAUUAGAUGUCACGUUAUUGUCAUUGAACACAGUACACCGAAAUUCAGUUUAAAUUCAACCAAAAAAUGCAAAGAGUAAUUAAAGUGCACGAGGUAAAGCAGCAAGCUAGCUAGCUGGAUAACUGGUUUGUUAGCUAGCUUGCUAGAUACGGUUAGCAUUGAAUACUGGAUAAUGGAGAUCAUUAGAUUAUAUUACAUUCGAUUUAACGUUAUUGUCAUUGAACACAGUACACCGAAAUUCAGUUUAAAUUCAACCAAAAAAUGCAAAGAGUAAUUCAAGUGCACGAGGUAAAGCAGCAAGCUAGCUAGCUGGAUAACUGGUUUGUUAGCUAGCUUGCUAGAUACGGUUAGCAUUGAAUACUGGAUAAUGGAGAUCAUUAGAUUAUAUUACAUUCGAUUUAACGUUAUUGUCAUUGAACACAGUACACCGAAAUUCAGUUUAAAUUCAACCAAAAAAUGCAAAGAGUAAUUCAAGUGCACGAGGUAAAGCAGCAAGCUAGCUAGCUGGAUAACUGGUUUGUUAGCUAGCUUGCUAGAUACGGUUAGCAUUGAAUACUGGAUAAUGGAGAUCAUUAGAUUAUAUUACAUUCGAUUUAACGUUAUUGUCAUUGAACACAUUGCCUGUUGAUGUCCUUAAUGAGGGAGUCGUGUCUACACUGAAACAAAGUUUCCCAGAUGUGACUGAGGUUCAUAUGGCAAACAAUGUGUCUAGCUUGGGUAUACGUUACUGCGAGGGGAUGAUUAUUGUACACGGAUCUGCAGAUGGACUGCCUAAAUUCCAUGAGAUCAUUAAACUUUGCAUUGUUAAGGAGAAGUUGUGUUUUCUGGUAAAAGACGCAUGUGCUUGGUACAGAGAGCAUUAUGGUGCUUUUGAGCUGUCUGCCUCGCCCAAUACAGAGGUUGCCGUUAUUGAGCUUGCUGACUUGGUAGACCCCUAUCCCCUUGUUGACUACAUGGUUGGGAGUUUGCGCAUGGUAAUGUUGAAAAGAUUCAUCAUUGUUAAAGGUGAGUAUCAUUUUUAAACCUAAAUAGUCUGAGCUCUGGAUAGCAGGCUCUGACAAAAACUGUAAAACCAUUUUUAUGUUCAUCUUUGAUAUAAUCCUAAUGUGUUUCUUUCACCUUGUUUCUGCUCUAGAUUAAAAGGUGUUCCAUAAUGGCAGGUCGGGCGCUUCUGCGCAUCAUCUUUGCCGACCAGUCUGACUCUAGAAAACUGACCCUGGAUUCGGGAAUCCCAGCAACAGUUGAAGAACUGCACACAUUUGUCAAGACAUCUCUUCAAUUGAAAGAGGACUUCCGUCUGCAAUACAUGGAUGUUGACUUUAACGAGUUCAUGAAUCUUACAUCAGUGUCUGAAAUUCAGGAUAAAAGCACACUGAAAGUAAUUUACUCUCCUAUAUUGUCAAAUAUUGAGCCCUCCAUCACUUUGUACACAGUUGACUCAUUUGAUAAGACCUCAAUUACUGGAAGCUCAGAGCCUCUAAUCCCUGAAUCAUCAAUAGCCUCAUGCUGCAGUGAUGAUAUGGUGUAUACGUCAACCCCGCAUCCAUCCCCUGAAGCUCAGGCCUCACAAUUGUUAUCCUGGCCCACAGUUUUUGUGGUUCCUAAGCUCACCUACGAGGCUGAAUUUGAGCUUCAUCUAAAGAAUGCAGAGUUUGAGACAACUGGUACAUACUUCCAGCCUGGCCUAAAGCUGAAAGGAGUCAUUCUUGAUGGCCUAGCCCAAGAAAUGAUCAAAUUCACAAAAUAUCCGAAAGACUAUCAGUGUGAAGAGGUAGCUGCAGCGUUGACGAGGGCCCACCCUUGUUUGGGGCAGCUAGGAUCCAAGACAGGAUUUGGGGGGUGGAAACAGUCUCUUAAGUACAAAAUGCAAAACUAUCGUACAAAGCUUGGCCGUCUUGGACAUCCUGAAAUCCUUGUGAACUCCUUAAAGCACAAGAAAACAGGCCAAGGCAAAGCUGCAGCAAACAUAAAAAAACCAAGAAAAGCUGAAGUAAACUACAUUCCUCUGCACCCAAAAGGCGAAACCACAGAAAGCUUGGAGAACGAGAGAAUUGCCUUAUUGUCAGAACUGAAAAAGCGUGACAAUGAAGUGGUGAUAAAAGCAAAAAUGGAAAAAACCUUCUCCCACAGACGCCUUGAGAUUGUGGAGCAAAGGCCUUUGAUAGGGGACUUCAAAUGCAGAUGGCCUGCUCUGUUUCAGCAGAGUGAAGUGAAUGCGGAGUUUUUGAGGAUCACAACAUCACCACUUCAAUCAAAGUUCAUGUGGCAGCUGGACCACUUCUCAGACAAGCUCUUGAAGAUCUUCAAGACCAAAGGAGGAGUGAAGGGGCACAAAAUCAAGGAAGCCCUUGCAAUAUCAGAUUCGUUUGAAAACAUCCACAUCCUGCGAAGCAUCGCGAUCUACCUCAACGAGGAUCCAGACUCUUUUUUUAAGGAGUAUCAGGCCUCUGCCUCUGAAGAUGCCAAGAGGGACAUGGCAAACACAGUCAUGGGCAUAUACACACUUCAAAGAGAUGUGGAUGGGCAGCCAGAGGACGUGGGAAUUGUCAUCGAAGGCAAUAUAGUCAUGGACAACUUGGGCAGCGUGAUUGUGGGGUUUGUCAUGCUAUUGGGACUUAUUUAUGCCCUGGAUUUGAGCUUUCCGGACAACCUCAAACACACCUUCGAGUUCAUGCAGAAGGUAGUGAUGAAUCUGGAUGGGCACAAGCUGAAUGGUAAAAUCGAAAGUCUGAAGAUCAAGUUGUUCGAUUGAAAUGUGAAAAAGAAGUGA